UUUGUUUCUAACGCACCCUUGGCACGCAGGCACAAAAAAACUCGUUUCUGUGCAGUCCAUCUGACCGUAUUCUGCCUCAGUAGAUAAAUUGACCAGUUUUAUAUAGCCACAGUGCUAACAUUAGUGAUGUUUGAUAAAAAUAGCCCUGCUUACCAGAACAAGGAAUGCUAUCUUAUUAUUCAUGCUUCACGUAUUGUCUUGAUAUGUUAUGAAUAGCUUCAUUGCUAAUUUCAUGCAUCUGUGCACAAUCACUGUAACUUAAUUAGCCUUAGAUGCAAAUGGAAUGCAUCUUUGAGUGUUUUACCGAGUGUUUCAGUCUUUAUAAGAUUUCAAAGUUCUGCUUUUCGAAGUCCUAACGUCUGAGUUCUCUUUGUUUUGGAACAAUUCAGGACAGCUACGACCAAUAUAAUCUUCUAGAAACAACUCUCAACUCAAGAGUGUCUGAAAUCCCGAAGUACGUGAAAUAAAGUGAAGGUAUUUUAGGACCAAACAAACUUACUCUUGAGUGACAACAAUAACCUGGCCUGCAUGAAAACUGGUAAUCACAAGGUUUCAAUCGCAGUAUCAAGGACCGAAGCUCAGCAGAAAGGAACAGAAGACGGUGAGGGGCUGUCUAAUGAGACGAGGGGGAUAAAGAGGUAAAGUGUCCAGAGCCGCAACACCAUUAAAAUCUUCACCGGGAAGAAGGCCUUUUGUACACGCUGAGUGCUCUGUUGUAACGAGAGCCGUUGAGACCGAGCGUUAUCCGUGGCUGAGAGAAACGGCACACCCGCUGAAUACACACCUCAAGUGCCUGUGAUCCCGCAACACUAAGGGCCACUCCUAUUGGAGCACCUCUCUACAAGGAUUUACCUCCUUCAAGUCAUCAAUAUUUCCUCUUUUGCAAUCAGACUUCAUAUUAAGGCUGCAUAGUCUUGUUGUUUGAAAAGGAUGGCGGGUUAAACCAAACUUUCCAAUGAGAAACGGCCUUCAUGCGGAUAGGAUUUCAAAACAAUAUUUAAUAUAUUAUCUGGAGGGGAAAAAAAGCUCCUAAAAUGUGUGGUUAGCUCAUACCACGCAGUUGCCAGUCCAUCGCUAUCUAAAUUUUUUAAGUGGUGACUCUUUGGACUUCUCCAUGGCACAGCCCCAAGUAUGAAGCUUCUCAUGUUUUCAAGGGCGAUAGCAGGCAAACUUUGCAUGGCGGCGAAGACCUAUCGCGAUUGCAUCCGAGACUCGCGAUGUAACGUCAGCAAAGAGAGGGAUAUCCGACAGACGACCACCCCACUUCAUCCGAGGAAUGCAGGUUCCUAUCAAAUACCCUGUAAAAAGUACUUCUACAUCAAAAGUCCUUGGCCCUGUUCUUCAUUUACUUUCAUUGUAUGGACAACAGAAGACAUUCAGAAAAAGAAAAUAAUACAGAUUAGGAGCAACACGAUGACGACCGCCAAGAAAAGGAAUCGUCUCGUACCUAGAUUUGGCGUUCGCACUUGGAGAUUCAUGACAGGCCGCCGGUCGGUACAUUUGGAGAACGGCGCACAAGACUUCGGAAGGCUGAUGGUGGCAUUACCUGCGUGCGAAUCACCUCAAGGUAGAGUCGAAAGAAAAUGAAGCAGCGAUGACUCAUCCUGCUCUACACAAAUCUUUGUCCAAUCAGAUGCUGCCUUGAAGGAGAACGUCCCGCCCCCGUAUGCCACAUGCAACCGACUUGUAGUAGCACUGAUCUGGAGUCAGCAGCCUCAACCGGUCGGUCAUGAGUUUUGCUCCGAGUCCGUUCACCCCCAUGGGCGUCCGCAGCAUUCAGGAUCAGCGGGAGCGCUGGGAGAGGAAGAGGAGCCGCACGGCCCGCGAGCUAGUCCAGAGCGAACAAAGAUACUGUGAACAGCUCGAUCUAGUCAUCACGUACUUUGUGGAGAUUUUGAAGGCCAAAGGAACCCUCAGGCAGGACAUUAGAGAAAGCAUCUUCAGUUCAAUUAAAUCCAUUCAUUUAAUAAACCAGACCCUUCUCUCUCAUCUAGAACUGGAGAGGUUUGGCAUUGGGUUUGAGGAGUUUUGCACUCACCUGCAGUUGUACAAUACGUACGUUGACAACAUUCAGACGGCUAAAAAAGUCCUCACGGCUCAGGUGAAGAAAAGCAAAGCCUUCAGACGGUUUAAAAAGCUCCAGGAGUCCAGGCCUGAGUUCAGACAGCAGAAACUUGAAGAUCUGCUCGCGCUUCCUCUUCAGCGCAUCCAGCAGUACAAGCAUUUCUUGAGGGACUUGACAGAGAACACCGGUCCAGACAACCCGGAGUUUCAGCAGCUUUCAAAGGCAGUGAAAGCCAUCUCAGAGGUCGCCCAGCGGAUCCAGGACAACGCUCGCAGCUAUGAGAACCACCUGCAGCUGCGCAGAGUCCAGAAACAACUGAAGGGCCGAAAGACCAGAAUCCUGACUCCAGGGAGGUGGUACAUUCGGGAAGGCUGGCUAAAGACAGUGCCCCCUAAAGGCACGGAGGCAAAACCCAAGAUGUUUUACCUGUUCUCUGACAUCCUGCUCCAGGCCAAACCAUGCAGUCCUAUACAUCCUACCAAUGGGGAUAAGUUUGUCUGUCAGCGAAUCUACCCAUUAAAGGAGUGCACAGUGGAUAAAGUCUUCGGCCACACCAAAAGCCAGGGGGGCCUUAUUAGUUUGACCUUCGCCAGGGCCAAACUGCUUCUAAUGUCUGAUGAUCAGAGGGAUAUUAAUGAUUGGUACCGUAGCCUCUGCUUGGCUAUUGGGCAGCUGAAGUCAAAGAAUACAGUGGUGCACAGGAGAGACGAGCUGCGUAGGAAGCCGAUCAGAUCGGAUCCAGACAGUCAGAACACUCCAGAACUGCAGCAAACACGUGGAAUAAAAAGAGCCAUGAUUUUGGAUGAAGCGGUUGUGGAGCACAGAGAGGGUCAUAGCAGCAGCUCCAUCCCUUCAACAGAGGAAAGCGGCUACAGCGCCACCAAGAGGCUGAAGCCCAGUGAAGCUCCUGCUGCAAGACCACAGGAGUCUUCUGGAUCGAGCUGCGUCAUACUGUGAGGAGGUUCAGCUUCUGAAAAAAAGCUGAAAGAUCUACCCACAGACGGAAAGAGCAGAGGUGAUUUAGGAUGAAUUUAAUGCAAUGUACAUCUACUACACACUGCUGCAUUUUUUUCUCUAUACGCCAAAGAAUAUGCUGCAAUGCAGGCUUAUUGCUUUUAAGCAUGUUGACUGUUCACAUUUUAAAGCUUUUUAUACUGAGAUGUCUUACUAUUUAAUAUGCAGAAUCAUAAUGACGGCCCAAAUCUAACAAACAGUCAUGUAUAGUAACAGAACAUUUAUCUAGUCACCAACUCUGAAUAUAUAUAUAUAGUGCAAAACAGUGCACUAGAUAUAUUGUUAGCACAUUUUUAAAAUGAAAUAAUUGAGAGCAAUAAGAUUUUUUUGGUUUGCACAAGAUUUUAAACGCUAUUAAACACUGGAACAAAAGGGAAAUCUGCUUUUAUAUAUACCGAAUGCCUGAAUGCUGUACUUAACGCAAAAAUCUAUAUUUUUGUCUGCUUGUGUCUAUCAAACUUUUACUGUUAGGUCCGUUUAGUGGUGUAAUUGUUACUAACACUGGUCAACAUUUUGAAUGUGAAUGAAUAAAAGCUCAGUGAUUUGC